AUGGCUUCCCUUGAACUGGUGCCCGACGAGAUCAUCCGCCACAUCCUCUAUUACAUCUCCCCUGAGGAGAUCCUGUCCUCGGUCCAGAUCCUCUCGAGACGACUUCAUAGACUAGCGAACGAGCCUCUACUAUGGAAGUAUUAUUGCACAACUUCCUUCCGUCACUGGAACCCGGAGCAUCGAUUCCAGGAGAAGCUCACGCUCCGGGCGUCUGAGGUGGAGUGGAAGUCAUUAUGGAUGGAGCGAAACAGGAGGAACACGCGGGUUUCGUACCUGAUGGAUGGCAUUCUUGCCAGUAAAGUCGGCAGGCUGCAAAAGUUCGGGCAGAUAUGUAUGCUAGGAUACGAUGCCAAGGACUUUCUCCUGGAGCAGUGCCACACAGAUGAGACCGCAGAAGACGUGUUGGCCAGGAGGUUCUAUGGAAACACGGCUCUGGGCAGCAUCCACAGGAGCAUAGCGGUGCAGGAGUGGCUACCAUACCAGAGGGCGCCUUACACUCUAAGGGGCCUCGAUCGGGCCCUGGCCGCUUUCGAGAUGUUCUUUCUCCGUGAGAGGGAUGGAGAUGUCGAUGACAUCGACGCCCUACUUGAUAGACUAGCCUCUGACUUCCUCUCUGAGCAACCUCAUUUUUCAGAAAAGUCUACUCGGCAAAAGGCUCUCCUCCUGGCACAGUGGGUACGAGCCAAGAAUCUGACCGGUAUGGAGGAUGAAGAGGUGAAUUACCGAAAUCUGCGCAACUGCUUGAUCGGCCACGCACUGCUGGAGGACCAACAUGAUUCUCUGCCGAUCAUAUCCAGCGCUAUAUACUGCUGCCUUGCAGAAAGAGUAGGCUUGCGAGCAGCAUGUUGCGCCUUUCCUAGCCACGUCCAUGCCAUGGUGAUGGCACCUCCGGGUGAGCAACUGGAUGGCGGUCGUGUGCCGAAUCCGACCACGGACGUAGAAAAGAUGUUCUUGGAUCCAUAUCGUUCGAGCGAGGAGGUCACCCUCCAGGAGCUUCGAUCUAAGUUGGUUGAACUUGGAUGGAUGAGCAGUGGCGACUCCUUCCUCGUCGCGUCUCCGACAGCCGUUAUCGUCCAACGCACAGCUCAGAAUAUGAAGACAACAUACUCCAAAUUGGCAAGAAUGAGCAACAUCGAACCAGAGGCUAGGUACCAGUUGAGGCGGCUCAGAAAUGGAGACCAUGAGAUGAAUGCGGAAUCGGCCCUAUAUGCUGCUCUGUGGGCAAAUCUGCUCGUCAACCCUGUGAGCAGUUUCCAGUGGGACCACUCGUUGGAUGUGUUUCUUAGUCGGUUUCACCAACUCUUCAGCGAGGACUUGUGGUUAGUUGAGAAGUAUCUCCUGCCGCUCUAUAACGUCUUCACCGAGUCACAAGCCCAAACGCACCAUCGCUUCUCGUGGCAGAAUGUGCAUGAGAUGGUGAACAUGGUCCGGAACAUGGAUCAGAGGCAACCGACAGUGAACAGGCGCUAUACGCAGGAAAUCCAGGCAAACGUGUGGUACAAAGUCGGUCAAGUCUUCCGCCACAAACGAUAUGACUACAUCGGUAUCAUCAACGGCUGGGGAGACAAGGGCACUGGUUCGUUGCCAACGCCACAUUCGCUGUCCAUGGACGAGACGAUGGAAGAAUAUCAAGAUACCAGUGAUAGCGAUUCAUCAGCAAGGUCAAGAUUCCGGAAGAAGACAUACUACACUUGCUUGAGAACCGACAUUGACCGUCAUGUCAUUGCACAAGACAAUAUCGAGAUCAUCACGGACCCGAGUCUCAUCCCAGAGCGGCUUUUCUUUGUGGCAGGCAAGUUCUUCAAGAGGUUUGAUUCGGAGACCUGCAGGUUCGUCUCCAACAUCCGAGAGUUCUUUCCGGAUGAUUAG